AUGGCCUCUCCGCAAUGUCUAGAGGACUACACUGUAGGGUGGAUCUGCGCCCUCCCAGCCGAGCUGGCAGCCGCGCAAGAACUGCUCGAUGAGGAGCACGAGACGCCUACAUACGAUGCCCGCGACACAAACAUCUACACCUGCGGAAAGUUUGGCCACCAUAACGUCGUGAUCGCUUGCCUGCCCAAAGGCCAGAUAGGCACCAACCCUGCUGCAGCAGUCGCCAUGCAGAUGAAGUCGACUUUCACCUCAACCCGCUUCUGUCUAAUGGUCGGUAUCGGAGGCGGUGUUCCCACCGAGGACACUGAUGUGAGACUUGGUGAUGUCGUAGUCAGCACCCCAUACAUGACGCAUGGUGGAGUUGUGCAGUAUGACUCCGGUAAGGCUACCCCGACUGGGUUUCAGCGAGUAGGCUCGCUCAACUCGCCGCCUACGAUACUCCUUAACGCCGUAACGAAAGUGGAGACAAAUCAUAUGAGAGAGAGAGGCUUGUGGCGGAGAUAUAUUUCUAAGCUUGCCAACCUGCCUAGAUUUAGGCGCGAAGCUGCUGGCUCAGACGAUCUCUUCGAAGCGGAGUACAACCAUGAGGGAGGUACUACAUGUAAAGAUUGUAAUAAAGAUCGUUUAUUAGCUCGAGAACCAAGCCAGCGGGAAGUGGUAGUUCAUCACGGAACAAUCGCAUCUGGUAACCAGGUUAUAAAGACAGCUGCCGAGAGAGACAGACUUAGCUCAGAGCUUGGUGGGGUGCUUUGUUUUGAGAUGGAGGCUGCAGGCCUCAUGAAUAGCUUCCCUUGUCUAGUGAUUCGAGGUGUCUGCGAUUACGCUGACUCACAUAAGAAUAAGCAAUGGCAGAUGUAUGCAGCAGGGACGGCAGCAGCGUACGCAAAGGAAGUGCUAUCCAUGAUUCCGUUGGACCAGGUGCAGACACAGAGGAAGAUUGUCGACGUUCUCUCUGACUUCCAAGAGACUGUUGCAAAGCACCAGCUUAUUGCAGAAGAGCAUCUGAACAUUGCGCGGAAGCGAUUAAAGAUGCAACACACAGUACGCGAACAGGAGCUCUCGGAUCGUCAAAAAGAGUAUCUCCAGUUAUUUCGUCUUACCACGGGCACUCAGGAUAUCACAUACGAGUGGUACAAGAAUCGCGUAGAAGACCGAGUAGAAGGCACGUGCAAUUGGUUUCUUGGAAACCCCCACUUUCAGAAAUGGCUCAAACACGUCGCGGGGCCGCUGCUAGUCUCCGCAGACCCUGGGUGUGGUAAGUCGGUCCUAGCAAAGUAUUUAGUAGACCAUGUCUUACGGGAUUCGGCGACUGUCUGCUACUUCUUCUUCAAAGACCAGGACCACAAUACUGUCCGCCAAGCGCUCUGCGCUCUGCUACACCAACUCUUCUACCAGAAGCCAGCUUUACUUAAGCAUGCUAUAAAACAGUACAAUUCAGAUGGAAAGGGUCUCGUAAACUCAACAAAGUCACUCUGGACAGUUCUAAAAAACGCGGUGCAAGACAGUGAAACAGGACCGAUCAUCAUAAUUCUGGAUGCCUUGGAUGAGUGUGCCGAGUCAGAGUUCGAGGAUCUAAUGCGCAACAUCGAGGGCCAGUCUCGCACGAGUCAUGGAACAUUAAGAUAUCUCAUGACGAGCCGGCCAUACGAGCAGAUUGUAGGGAAAUUCAAAGGCCUGAUUGAGUCUUUUCCGUACAUCCACAUACCCGGAGAAGAGGAAUCUGAAACCAUCAGUCAUGAAGUCAACCGUGUUAUCGAGUACCGGGUUGGACGGUUAGCAAGUGACCAACGACUUUCAGACGAUAUUAAAGCUGAUCUACUGGAUGUAUUGCUUCAGAUCGAACACCGCACCUACCUCUGGGUAUAUCUGGUGUUUGACUAUUUGGAGUAUGAGGGGUUCAAGAAGACUAAGAAUGGUGUUCAGUCAGCUAUCAAAUCGUUACCAAAAACUGUCAGCCAGGUUUACGAGAAGAUUUUAAGCAAAUCUAAAGACCAGCCAAUGGUCCGCAAGUCAUUGCAAGAGCUCGGCCUUGAACGAGAAGGAGAUUUCAAGUCUCGUCUGAGAUCGUGGUGUGGGCUGUUCGUCUCAGUAUAUCAAGGGAAGGUUUAUUUUCUCCAUCAGACCGCCCGCGAAUUUCUUAUGGCGGAGGCAUCACCAUCUGCGACCGUGCCUCAAAAUUUGCGAUGGGAACAUUCAAUUGCAAUGCAUCACGCGCACAAGACUCUCGCAGAGCAGUGUCUACAUUACAUCAGCAUCUUUGACCAAGAUACAAGAUCCGAGACAAGCACUCUAGGCCAAGAUGGUCAAUAU